GGAAAGCGAACCAGACCCAACGGUCACCUCCUCACCUCGCCCGGCGUUGUAGCCAGAUCGCCUCCAGCCUCCCUCGACCCUCAUCGUCAUCGUCAUCCACCGCCGCCCGCGAGGUCCCCCUCCAACCUCCACUGGCCGACGGAGAAGGUCUCCGCGCGAUCGCCGCCAUUAACUCCCUUCCCCCCACCCCGUCUCGAAAGCGGCACCGGAUCCGGCCCCUCCUCACCCUCCCUUUCUCCCCACCUCACGGAACCCCGUACCCGGGCCCGUUUAAUAGUUUCGUCCCCACAUGCGUGGCGCGAGUGCCGCCGCCUCCCGACGCAGACGCAGCAGCAGCAGCCGCGGCCGGGAUGUCGAUGCGUAGCCGUAGCGGGGUGGAGGUGGUCGCCAGCAGGGGGUGCGCGCGGCUGGUGAUCCCCGGGAUGCAUCACAACCCCUCUUCCGCCGCAUCCGUCUCCUCCUCCUCCUCCUCCUCCGCGGCCUCGCGCGGGGCCGCCGGCUGCGGCGGUGCGGGUGCGGCGGCGGCAGCAGCGCGCGCCGAUGGGCCCUUCGCAGGCCUCGUCAUCUGCGUCACUGGGCUGUCCAAAGAGGCGAGGGUUCAGGUGAAGGAGGCGACGGAGCGGCUCGGGGGCGAGUACAGCGGGAGCUUGCACCCCAAGUGCACGCACCUCGUCGUUCAGAGCUUUGCCGGGCGCAAGUUCGAGCAUGCACUGAAGCAUGGUCCGAGGAACGGGCUAUUCCUCGUUACGCUGGGUUGGUUUGUUGACUGCGUGCGGAGGAACAUGAGGUUGGAUGAAUCCUUGUUUGCCAUCAAAAGCAUUGGGGAGAAUGGUGUGCCGCUCGGGGAUUUCAACCGCCUUGUUGGAGUCCCUGUUAACGAGAAGUCUUGCCUUCCACCACUGAUAUUUCAGGACAAGGCAUGCUCAGAUAUGACCCGGAAGCAUUCGCUCCAGACUCCUGGAAAAGAAGGUGGUCAUGAUGGGUUGGUUUUUAUGAAUGACACAGUCUACAUUGACCCUGCGAUAUCUGAUGAGAUGAGGAAAAAGAUUUCUGAUGCUGCUACGAGAGAAGGUGCAAAGUUGCUGGAGCACUGGUUUAUUGGCUGCCCUGCCACGUAUAUUGUCUGUGAGGAUGCUUCUGUUAAGAGAUAUGUAGGCCACUCAGAUAACAUUGUAACUCCACUUUGGAUCUUGAAAACAGUGAAGGAGAAAAACUUGCAGCGCCUUGUCCAUUUGUCUUCCGACCUAGCUAGGCAUGUUGCCAUGGUUCUGGAAAAUGUCCAGACAUCUGAAGAGAAUAGGAAACUUGGAAGUGUUCCUUCUAUAAGCACAAGCUCCUGUGGUCGUCCAUCAACCCAAGAGGAGAUUGAUGAAGUCCAUCAAGAGAGACAAAAGUUUGUUGAAGUGGCAAAGAAAGAAGUUCGAGACCGCCGUGCUCGUCGAAUGCAGUCAUGUGAAGUACCCAUUCACCCGAUCACUCCGGCCACGCUUCUGGAUUCAAUCUGCUGGACAAUCUCUGAGCCAGCUUCAUCUGCGUCAAUUUAUAUGGAUUCUUCAUGGUCCGAUGAUGCCAAUGAGCAGCAAAGCACCACUUACUUCGAUGCAAAUGGGGAUGUGAGGGAUCCAGAUCAAACAACUGAUAAUCUUUCCCGUCCACUGAAAGAAAGUGAGCGAAGUGACCUGAUCUUCAAGAAUCACUUCCUUACCAUACUCUUCCCUAUUGAUCGUUUUGGAGAGGUUGGACCUUCCUCAAAGACGUUUUAUAACAAUGGUGGCUUUACGUGCAUACAAGUACUGGAUCACAUCUACAACUUCUAUCAGGAGAACAUGUCAACCAACGAGAUAGACAUGGCCUUGCAUACAGAUUCCCGGCAUGCCGAUCGACUUCGAUCUUUGUAUUCAACUGUUGAAUCAGUAGAGAAAGGACUUGUAGCUUUUAAAAGAAUAGACUUUUUAGGAAGCAGAAGAAGUUUUGAGGCACUAAAGCGCAUCAACAGGGAAAAUAAUAGCAAUGUAUAUGAACUUGUGAUUAGGGCAUGAAUGCACCACCCUCAGGUGCCUUUUUGUCAAAAUUUAUUCGUUACCUUAUCUAGUGAGGAUUGUUUUGCAGAACAUGAAAAUAUAUCAUAGUUAGUCUUUCUGGUGC